AUGUCACCUCAUCACGUUGAUGUUAGCCAAGAGCAGCAACCUGCUGCCUCCUCCAGCGCCACAGGCAAUGAUUCCGAGCAGCGGCCCGUCAUCGUCAUCAUCCCGGGUGCUUGGCACCACCCUGUCCACUACAAGCAGCUCGCCAAAGGUCUCCGACAGCUUGGUUUUGUGGUCGAGGUUAUAGAGCUCGUCACGAUGGGCGAGCCGGACGCCAUCUUGAACAGGACGCACCACGACGACGUAAAAGUCGUCCGGGCCACUAUUCAGCCCCACCUGGAUGCCGGGCGGGAGGUGGUCCUCGUGGGCCACAGCUACGGCGGGUUUGUGGCCACGGAUGUCGCUGCGGGCUACACCGUCGAGGAUAGACGUAAGAGUGCGGUCAGCGGUGACGGGCUGGAGGGGGCUGGUCAGAACGGCAGCGGGGGUGUCAAGGCCGUGGUGUAUAUUGCUUCGCCGGCUGCGGUUGAGAAGGGCGUGGGAGUUCUAGCUUCGGUGGAGCAGAUAAAGGGGGAUGCCGAAGUUAGCAUCGAUGGCUUGGUAAUUAUCGAGAACGGCGUCAUGAGAAGGACCGAAGAGUCUCGGAACUCCCUUUACCGCGGCGUAGACGAGAAGCUGGCCAAGGAGGCAUUUGCCGCGACGAGUCCGUACCACAGCUGUGCUAGCUACAUGUCCGAGGCCGCCGCCUGUGCGUGCCACCUCCGUGCCCCUUUGACGUACGUAAUCACCGGCGAUGAAAGGUUUAUCAUGUCGCCUCCGGUGCAGCACAAGAUAGCGGACAGCAUGGGGCCACGGUGCAAGAAGCAUGUGUUGCAGGGUGCGGGCCACGCGCCAUGGAUGCAGCCCGAGCUGCUGCCGAGACUUUUGGAUAUCAUCAAAGGGGCGGCGCAGGGUUGA